UCCGCACAGGUGGUCGCGCCGGUCCCCUCCAAGAUGUUAGCCAAAGUUCUCCUGAUCCUCCUGGGCACAUCCGUAAUCCUCCCGUCUAGGAUUGAAGGACCUCAUGUUGAAUCAGAGAAGGCACCCUCUGCUAGUGAUGGUGAUGUCUACGACCCCAAGUCUCAGGCUCCUGAAGAGAAACCCUCUUCUGAAGAAAUAAAGCCCACUGCUACCGAUACACAGGACAGACUUGGCAAAAUGCCAACAGCCACUUUCAUCCUGGACAGUCUCUUUAACAACUACGACUACAAACUGCGCCCUGGCAUUGGCGAGAAGCCUACUGUGGUCACUGUCGAGAUCUCUGUCAACACCCUUGGUCCUAUCUCUAUCCUGGACAUGGAAUACUCCAUUGACAUCACCUUCUGCCAGACUUGGUAUGAUGAACGCCUUCGUUACGAUGGCAGCUUUGAGAGCUUUGUUCUGAAUGGCAACAUGGUGAGCCAGUUAUGGGUCCCAGAUACCUUUUUUAGGAAUUCUAAGAGGACCCAUGAGCAUUCGAUGACCAUGCCCAACCAGAUGGUCCGCAUCCACAAGGAUGGCAAGGUGUUGUACACAAUUAGGAUGACCAUUGAUGUUGGAUGCUCACUCCACAUGCUCAAAUUUCCAAUGGAUUCUCACUCUUGCCCUCUGUCUUUCUCUAGCUUUUCCUAUCCUGAGAAUGAGAUCAUCUACAAGUGGGACAAUUUCACGCUUGAAAUCAAUGGAAAUAAUUCCUGGAAGCUCUUCCAGUUUGAUUUUAUAGGAGUGACCAACACGACUGAAACUAUUGCAACCAUAGCUGGUGAUUUCGUGGUCCUGACGCUUUUCUUCAAUGUGAGCAGGCGGUUUGGCUUUGUUGCCUUUCAAAACUAUGUUCCUUCUUCUGUGACCACGAUGAUCUCCUGGAUCUCCUUUUGGAUCAAGAGAGACUCUGCUCCAGCCAGGACUUCUUUAGGGAUCACCUCUGUACUCACCAUGACCACCUUGGGCACCUUUUCCCGGAAGAAUUUCCCACGUGUCUCCUAUGUUACAGCUUUGGAUUUCUAUAUUGCUAUCUGCUUCGUCUUCUGCUUCUGUGCUCUGAUGGAGUUUGCUGUGCUCAACUUUCUGACCUACAACCGGGCAAAUCCCCGUGGUUCUCCAAAACUUCGCCAUCCUCGUGCCCGUGCACGUGACUUUAACCGUCCCCGUGUCCGUGCUAUCAAGCAUCCGGAUGCUUUUGUGUGUGACAUCGAGGACUCCGAGGACAGUGAUGAAGAGGAGGGCCCAUCUUGCCCAGCCCGGCAGUCCAUCAAGCCCUGCAGAGCCCCACGUCCUGGUGGCUGCUGCAGGUGGUGCAGGAAGUACUUGUGCGUGGUCCCCUGUUGCGAGGGCAGCAUGUGGCAGCAGGGCCGCCUCUUCAUCCAUAUCUACCGUCUGGAUAACUACUCACGAGUUAUUUUCCCCGUCACCUUCUUCUUCUUCAAUGUGCUCUACUGGCUUGUUUGCCUUAACCUGUAGGGACCAGUUGGUACCCUGUGGGGCAGCCUCCUUAGUUCCCCAGGAGGUCCCACACCCUUUGCUAAGGGAGUUGAGGGGGAAGCAGCAGCAGCAGGAACAAUUGGAGAGUGUAUUUCCUUCCCCAUUCCCCAAACAGAAGCCUGCAUGGAAUUGGUCUUCAUGGCCCUCUACCCUGCCUGGCCCAUUCACUGAAUCUCCUUGGCAGCCAAUUUGAAGUAAAACGGCACACCUAUCUGUUCCUCAAGGGGCAUUUACGAUCCUCCGGCUUCAAAAUGUAGGCUCUCAGUGACCAGCUCCCUUAAGACUGUGUGCAUGUGUGAGUGGAUUAGUUGUCUCCUAAAAGGGCUAACACCCACUGCCUUUUUUUCCCCAAAAACGCAGUACUGCCUUUGUGGUGCUCCAGGCCCAGCUCUGGCCUCAGCCUCAAAGUGCACAGACCAGCUGUUUUCCUGUUCCUGACACCUCCUUAAGGUGCUGGACAGCAGUGUAACAGGGAGAGGGGACCCCAUCCUUAAGUCAGAGUAUUAUAUUCUUGAUUCUUUCUCCCUGCCCCCCUCUUCCUUCCCCUGCAGAUAGACAGACACUGGCGUCAUCCCUUUAGGAGGAGGGGAGCCAGCAAUUGAGCCUCUUUAGGACAGUGUCCCUCCCUCUGCUGCUGUGACACCUCCCUCUCCCCUCCCCGCUGGGCUCCAUUCUUCAUCUGCACUACCAGCUCAAUGCCUUGCAUCCAGUGGGUAUCUAUUUGUGUGUGUGAUAAUAGUAAUGACCCCCUGCUUUAUAUGCCACUUUCUCCCUCUUCCUUGACCCCUGUGACUCUUUCUGUAAUUUCCCCAGUGACUUUCCCAGCCCUGACCCAGGUGCUAGGCCGUGGUGACUUCCCAGGGCCAAGAAAUUAAAGGAACUCUGCUUUUCAGCGAACAUUACCCCCAUUGAUUGGUGCCCACCUAAGGCACACUGUAGGAGUUCUGCCACUUCCUUGGCCCCUGGACCCAUGAAGCAGUCCACUCUUAUCCCUGGGGCACUCUGACAAUCACAAUCAAUCAAUUGAAUUCCCUGAAAUUUGUACAGCACUUUACCUUUUGCAAAGCAUUUUUGACAGAUUAUUUCUAUUUUGUGCCUCAUAGCCCUGUGAUCUAUUCAGGACAGGUUUCUUAUCCCCAUUUUGCAGAUGAGAACCCUGAGGCACAGAUUUCUAUGGGACUGUGGCCUCACUAGGAGCUACCCAGGAGCCCACUGUCACCUUCAAGACCACAUGAUAGGGCUAGGCAGCUCUGAUCACCUUGAUUUGAUUCUAUAGCCUCUGCUGGCAGGGCCCAGAGCAGCAGCCUCUUUUAAUCAGCAUUGGCCUGCUCAAUUUCUGGGCCUCCGGUGCUCAGACUGCCCCUAAGAUCUAACGUCUCCUGGCUCUGGUAACCCAGUGAGAUGAAUUUGGACACGCCCCAAUGCUUGUAUAUGCUGAAUGAAAUCUGUGU